AUCUAGGGUUAUUGUUAUGGGGACGGAGAAUCAAGGGUUGGUGGAGAUUUCAGAGGCAUUGCUGCCGGGAUCGGAGAAAACGGCGGCGGCGUUUGACUCCGACGAGCGUGUUCCCGACUGGAAGGAGCAGAUCACGGUCCGAGGCCUUACAGUGAGCGCUUUGCUCGGGACGCUGUUCUGCAUCAUCACCCACAAGCUCAAUCUGACUGUCGGAAUAGCCCCUUCGCUGAACGUUGCCGCUGGUUUGCUCGGUUUCUUCUUCGUCAAGUCGUGGACUGGUUUCUUGUCGAAGCUAGGGUUUUCCGUCAAACCCUUCACCAAACAGGAGAACACCGUUAUCCAGACAUGCGUUGUCGCCUGCCACAUCCUCGCCGUUAGCGGGGGCGGUUCUUAUUUGAUUGCCAUGGAUGAGAAGACAUACAAGCUCAUUGGUGUGGACUAUCCUGGCAACCAUGCCGAGGAUGUUAAGAACCUAGGACUGUGGUGGAUAACCGGUUUUCUAUUUGCAGUCAGCUUCGUCGGGCCCUUUUGUCUUGUCCCACUUCGCAAGGUACUGGUUUUGGACUAUGAACUUGCAUAUCCCAGUGGAACCGCAACGGCAAUGCUAAUAAACAGCUUUCACACCAACACCGGAGCUGAGCUUGCAGGGAAGCAGGUUAGAUGUCUUGGGAGAUACUUGAGCCUUAGCUUCUGCUGGAGCUGCUUCAAGUGGUUCUUCAGUGGACUCGAUAGCUUUCGCGCCCUUGGAUUGACUCUGGCUAAGAACACGUUUUACUUCGACUUCAGCCCCACUUAUGUUGGAUGUGGUCUUAUAUGUCCCCACAUAGUGAACUGCUCGGUUCUUCUUGGUGCUAUCCUUUCAUGGGGGUUUUUGUGGCCAUUUGUCUCUCAGCAUGCCGGUGAUUGGUAUCCAGCUGACUUAGAGGCCAAUGAUUUUAAAGGUCUCUACGGAUAUAAGGUCUUUAUUGCCACUGCCAUCAUCCUUGGUGAUUGUCUCUACAAUCUCAUCAAGAUCAUGGCACUAACCGUGAAGGAAAUCUGCAACAAAAGUUCCAAGCAAAGCCUACCCAUUGUCACAGAUGUUUUAGAUGAUAGCGAGACAUUUCUGGAGAAGAAGAAAAGAGAUGAAGUAUUUCUCAAGGACCGUAUACCCUUCUGGUUCGCGGUUUCUGGGUACGUCGGACUUGCAGCCAUCUCAACGGCAAUGAUCCCGAUGAUAUUCCCACCAUUGAGAUGGUACUUGGUCCUCUGUUCUUACUUCGUUGCCCCAGCAUUCGCCUUCAGCAACUCUUACGGAUCUGGUCUCACUGACUGGAAUUUGGCUUCAACCUAUGGAAAGAUCAGCCUUUUCACCUUUGCUUCGAUAGUAGGAAGCAAUGGCGGUGUCAUUGCCGGUUUAGCUGCCUGUGGGGUCAUCGUGUCAAUCGUCUCUACAGCCGCCAAUCUCAUGCAGGAUUUCAAGACAGGUUACCUGACAUUAUCGUCCGCAAAAUCCAUGUUCGUGAGCCAACUGGUCGGGACAGCGAUGGGUUGUGUAAUAGCUCCACUCACGUUCUGGCUUUUCUGGACUGCUUUCGAUAUUGGAUCUCCUGACGGUCCGUACAAAGCUCCCUACGCCGUGAUUUUCCGUGAAAUGGCGAUUCUCGGGGUCCAGGGCUUCUCACAACUCCCCAAGCACUGUCUAGCUCUUUGUUGCGGGUUUUUCGUUGCCGCUCUGGUUGUGAACAUCCUGAGAGACGUCACACCGCCGAAGAUAUCUGGGUUCAUCCCGAUUCCGAUGGCGAUGUCCAUUCCGUUCAACGUCGGAGCUUAUUUCGCCAUGGACAUGUUCGUCGGGACGGUGAUAUUGUUCGUAUGGGAGCUGAUGAACAGGAAAGAUGCGGACGAUUUCGUGGGGGCGGUGGCAUCGGGUUUGAUCUGCGGAGAAGGGAUAUGGGCGAUCCCUUCUGCGGUUCUCUCGAUCUUAAGGAUUAAUCCACCGAUCUGAAUGUACUUUGGUGCGUCCCUGACAAGACAAAGAUGAAAUUACCCUUAAUGAAUACACGAUAUUUAUCCGUUCGAAA